AGAGAGAGUGAGAACAGCAGCAGCAGCAGUAGUAGUAGUGGGGUUAAGGGGAAGUAAUAAAAGCAAUUAGAGAAAGAAGAAAAGAAAGAAGCAGAGUGUAGAGGAAGAAGAGCAAAUGGCCUCGUUACCGCUGGUACCUCAGCAGCACCCUAAUCCACCGGAAAAUCAUCUUAAUCUUCAACUUCUUCAGCAUCAGCAGAAUGCUCAUCGUGAUCAAGGAGCAGCAGCUGCCGUUAGGCCCGCCGUCGCCGGCGUACGACCGGAAACGGAUUCCGACAAGGAAAUGUCAGCUGCCGCUGUUGAGGGUAAUGGUGCUGUCACUGGUCACAUUAUUUCAACCACAAUUGGAGGCAAGAAUGGAGAACCAAAAAGGACCAUCAGUUACAUGGCAGAGCGAGUUGUCGGUACAGGAUCAUUUGGAAUAGUGUUUCAGGCAAAAUGCUUGGAAACUGGAGAGACCGUGGCCAUAAAGAAGGUUUUGCAGGAUAAACGGUAUAAAAAUCGUGAACUACAGCUGAUGCGCUUGAUGGAUCACCCAAAUGUCAUUUCUCUAAAGCACUGCUUCUUUUCCACGACAAGUAGAGACGAACUUUUCCUUAAUUUGGUCAUGGAUUAUGUCCCUGAAAGUUUAUACAAGGUUUUAAGGCACUAUAGCAAUUCAAACCAAAGGAUGCCACUCAUCUAUGUCAAACUUUAUAUGUAUCAGAUAUUCAGGGGGCUGGCUUACAUUCAUAAUGUUCCAAGAAUUUGCCAUAGAGAUGUGAAACCACAAAAUCUUUUGGUUGAUCCUCUGACCCAUCAAGUCAAGCUUUGUGACUUUGGAAGUGCAAAAGUCCUGGUGAACGGUGAAGCAAAUAUUUCAUACAUUUGCUCUCGCUACUACAGAGCUCCAGAACUCAUAUUUGGUGCCACAGAAUAUACAACAGCAAUUGAUAUUUGGUCAGCUGGAUGUGUUCUUGCUGAGCUUCUUCUGGGGCAGCCACUCUUUCCCGGCGAAAAUGCUGUAGACCAAAUUGUAGAGAUUAUCAAGGUCCUUGGUACUCCUACUCGAGAAGAAAUUCGAUGUAUGAACCCAAAUUACACGGAUUUCAGAUUCCCACAGAGAAAAGCUCAUCCUUGGCACAAGGUAUUCCACAAAAGAAUGCCCCCUGAAGCAAUUGAUCUUGCUUCACGGCUUCUCCAAUAUUCACCAAGUCUUCGCUGUACCGCGCUAGAAGCGUGUGCACAUCCAUUCUUUGAUGAGCUUCGUGAGCCCAAUGCCCGUCUCCCGAAUGGACGUCCAUUUCCACCUCUUUUCAACUUCAAACAGGAAUUAACUGGAGCUUCACCUGAUUUGGUAAGCAAGCUGAUCCCUGAGCAUGUUUGGAGGCAAACUGGUUUGAAUUUUCCCUAUCCCGGUGCGACGUAAUUGUCCUAAUGAAAUAUAAAGCUGGUGUAUCAAGGUAGAGGGAGGCUUUGUGGAUUUAGCUAACCUGGCAUUUUGGCUUAACCAGCAGCUAUGUACGCCUGUAAGUUGUAUGCGUAUAGUCGCUGCUUGGCUUGCAAGGAAUUGAUCCUGCUACUAUGUCAUCUUAAUAGCAGGCUUGUUGCCGCUUCUGUAUAUUGUUUUUGAUAAGAAAAUUUCAGAUAGGAGUAUAAAAUGAUAAAUAUUGUAAUGUCUAGUUAGGCAGAUUUCCUUGAGAAGACAAUAGGAUUUGUAGCUUUUAGUUGUGGCUAUUUAUAUUUACAUGCAAUUCCUUUUUGCUCUUUUUUCUA